CACAAGAAGUGGAAAGCAUGAUAAACAUACAAACUUAUCUCUACCUUACUUUCACUUGGUUUUCGGGAGAAGCACACAAUAAUCAACUCCUUCAUGAACAGCCAGCCUCGCAUUGCCCCGCAUUCUAGUAUCUCGAGACUGCUCUGUCAACAAUCAAACUCUACUCCAUUGAUGUUUUCCAAACGCAACCUCUCCAUCGACAAUCGCAUCAACCUCAUCAUCGGCAUCUUGAGUGUAGUCAUUGGCAUCCUAAGUGCGAUCCUGGCAUGGGCUACGUGGAGACUGACUGAUGAUCGACGGCGUCGCUGUGCUAGGCACCAUCAUAGCCCCGAACCUGAAUUGGUGCCAUUGCAAACACUUCCUACGCCACCCACUCAACCAACUGGAGUUGAGAUUGCGUUUAGGAUUGGAAGGAGUCGCUGAUUAUGGAGUCUAGAAUUGGGACCACUAGACGAAAGAUACGUGGGGCAGAAACUUGAAAGGAGUUUAGGGCCUUGAAUGACAAUUGUUCUUUGGAAGGUAUCCUAAAAAGGGAGUGGAAAGAUGUUCAUUGAUAGACUUGUAAUCACGA